AUGGACUACAUCAGCGGCAACGGCACGUCGGCGCCCAGCGCCUCGUGCUGCUCGCAGCUCAAGAGCGUGGUGCAGUCCAAGCCGCAGUGCCUGUGCGCCGCCCUCGGCAGCGACGGCGCCUCGACCUCCCUCGGCGGCGUCACCAUCGACCGGUCGCGCGCGCUCGCCCUCCCCGCGGCUUGCAACGUCCAGACCCCACCCGCCAGCCAGUGCAACGGGUCGUCGGGCGGCGGAUCGAAGGCGACGCCUUCCCUGCCAUCUGGCGGUGCGUCGCUCCGGGGCCGGCGGGUCUUGUGCUCGGGCUCGCCGCGGCUGCGGUUUACGCCGUGGCAGCUGCGUGAGCGUUGUGAUUCAGGAUGCGUUGCGUUGCGUCGUGUCAGCUUUCGUUUUUCAGAACGGACAGGGAGGAUGUUGAGUGGUUUGUGUGUCUAUGGCUUGUCCCAUUCGUGA